CUAAAUAUGGUAUUGGCAUAUCAACAUGUAGUGAAAUUUUAGUGAAGUCAGAUUAUUGGUUAUCUAUCAAUCCAAAUUCAAAUAAAGCAACUCAUAAGCGAAGCAAAGUAUCAGUUUUUAUAAAAAUUGAAUCAGCAGUUGCACUUUGGGUAAAAUAUGUAAUAGAUAAUAAACAAACUUUAACAAAAUAUCUUAUCCAAAAUAAGACAAGAGAAUUUGUAGCAUUACUAAAUGAGGAUAAGUUUAAUACUUCAAAUA